AAGGUUGGGUGUGCGGGUGAAGCGUGGGGUGAGAGUCGGUGGUCCGUUGGGAAUGAGGUGUGAACAAGUAGUACCGAGGGAUUAGAUUAUAGAUGCUGGAUUGAGCGUUUACUGGCGGCUUAGAAACAAGUUUUGUUGGAUUCGAGUGGUGCGCUUAUGAACAUUGCGAGCUCAUGGUGGCGUAACUAAGUAGUUGACUUUCUUCAUCUUUGUUUUUAUGCUACAGUAGCCUCUUAUCUUUUGAAUAGCAACGGUGAGGCACGGACUGUACUGCAACUAUCUGCCAGAGACUGAUAUGGUUGUAAGCAGGCCGGCCGGCGGCGAGCUGGCGCCCGGCCCGCCCUGACCCGGCCCGCCAUGACGCCCACCUGCGGUGAUGACCCGGAGGCCGAGCUGGCGGCGCGCGCCGCCGCCGAGCGCGCCGCUAUCGUGGCCAAGUACGACCUGGGGCGCGAGAAGGGCGCCCAGAUCGACCCCUGGGAGGACCCCAAGUUCGAGAUCUACCACGUCACCGACCGCUACGGCUUCAUACACGAUCACCGGCUGCCGGAGACGGCGACGGCGCUUGAGGUGAAGCUCAAGGAGGUGGAGGUGGCGCGCGAGAAGAAGUGGCUCGACAUGUUGGCCAAGUGGGACAAGAUCCGUGCCGGCAAGGACAAGAAACUGACGGAGAAGUUCAGGAAGCGAGUGUACAAGGGCAUCCCGGACAAGCUGCGGGGUAAAGUCUGGGCGCAGAUGCUGAAUGUGGCUACCGUUCGACAGGAACGACACGGCAUGUAUGAGGAGAUGAAGCGGCGGGCGCGCCGCUGGUCGCCGGAGGUGCGCCAGAUCGACCUCGACGUCAACCGCACCUACCGCGACCACAUCAUGUUCCGCGAGCGCUACGGCAUCCAGCAGCAGGCGCUCUUCCACGUGCUCGCGGCUUACUCGGUGUACAACACGGAGCUGGGCUACUGCCAAGGCAUGUCGCAGAUCGCCGCCCUCCUGCUCAUGUACAUGAACGAGGAGGACGCGUUCUGGGCGCUCUCCGUGCUGAUGGCUGGCAAUCUGUACAACAUGCACGGCCUGUUUAUACAGGGCUUCCCUAAGCUGCUGCGGCUUCAGCUGCACCACGAGCAGAUUCUGAAGAAGUACCUGCCCAAGUUGAAGAAGCAUUUAGACCGCAAUGGCAUAGACACGACAAUUUAUACGCUGAAAUGGUUCUUCCAGUGCUUCUUAGACAGGGUGCCGUUCACGCUGGCUCUGCGACUGUGGGACGCUUACCUGCUGGACGGCGAGAAGGUGCUGGUGACGGGCGCCUACAUGAUCCUGAAGGUGCACCGCAAGACGCUGCAGCACCUGCCCAUGGAGGAGAUUCUCGAAUUCCUGCAGGUGCGCCUUGAGCGUGACUUCCAGCAGGACGACGAUUCCGCGAUGCUGGAGCUGGAGCGGUGCGUGGAGGAGCUGCGCCGCGGCCGUCUGGACCAGCCGGCGCCGCCGCCCGACCAGGAGCUGCCGCAGCGGCCGUUCGGUCUCCAGCUGCAGCCGCCGCCGGUGCGGGCCCAGUCGGGCCGCCGCAGUCAAAUGGCGCCCAGCGAGGAGAAAAUCAUCGGCGACAUCCUGCGCCGCCAGCAGGAGGCGCAGCUGUCAGCCGGCGAGGUGUACCGCGGCUCCUGGUACCGCCAGGACGUGCCGUCCGUGUUCCAGUACAGCGAGCCCACCACACUGGCCUGCUACCACUAUCAGACGGCGCCGGCCGGCCGCAACGGCAUUCACCUGCCGUCCAGCCGGCCUCCCCCUCGGGGAAUUCGCAUGACGCUAGUAUAGACGACUUCUCGUCGCUGCCGGCGCUGGGGUCGCGCAC